UGUCAUUCUUUGUGGUCAGCCUGGGUGGGACACUGGUUGGGAUUUUCUUUGCAUUCCUGCUCUCAUUGGUCAGCCGUUUCACCAAGCACGUGAGAAUCAUUGAACCUGGAUUUGUGUUUAUCAUUUCGUACCUGUCCUACCUCACAGCAGAGAUGCUUUCUCUUUCUGCUAUCCUUGCGAUAACUUUCUGUGGCAUCUGCUGUCAGAAAUAUGUCAAGGCUAACAUAUCUGAACAAUCUUCUACAACUGUAAGAUAUACCAUGAAAAUGAUGGCCAGUGGAGCAGAAACCAUUAUCUUCAUGUUCCUGGGAAUUUCAGCUGUAAAUCCAGAUAUCUGGACUUGGAAUACAGCUUUUAUUCUGUUGACUCUGGUCUUCAUCUCAGUAUAUAGAGUUAUUGGUGUAGUUUUACAGACAUGGAUUCUUAACCACUACAGAAUGGUCCAGUUGGAGAUAAUAGACCAGGUGGUGAUGUCAUAUGGUGGACUACGUGGAGCAGUUGCUUUUGCUCUGGUUGUACUUCUGGAUGAGGAAAACGUGAAAGAGAAAAACCUGUUUGUCAGCACAACUAUCAUUGUUGUGUUUUUUACAGUUAUUUUCCAGGGACUGACUAUCAAGCCUUUGGUACAGUGGCUGAAAGUGAAGAAAACUGAACACAGAGAGCCAAAACUGAAUGAGAAACUUCAUGGCAGGGCCUUUGAUCACAUUCUUUCUGCUAUAGAAGACAUUUCUGGACAAAUAGGACAUAAUUAUCUGAGAGACAAGUGGUCCAAUUUUGAUAGGAAAUUCCUCAGUAAAGUACUGAUGAGAAGGUCUGCUCAAAAAUCAAGAGACCAGAUCCUUAAUGUUUUCCAUGAACUCAACUUGAAGGAUGCAAUUAGCUAUGUGGCUGAGGGAGAACGUAGAGGUUCCUUGGCAUUUAUACGUUCUCCAAGCACAGACAACAUGGUAAAUGUGGAUUUCAGCACCCCACGUCCAAGUACUGUGGAAAGCUCUGUCUCUUAUUUACUGAGAGAAAAAGCUGGACCAGUUUGCCUUGACAUGCAAGCUUUAGAGCAGAGAAGGAAAAGUAUCCGGGACACAGAAGACACAGUCGCUCAUCACACCCUACAACAGUACCUGUAUAAACCCAGGCAGGAGCACAAACACCUGUACAGUCGACAUGAGAUCAUGCACAAUGAAGAUGAGAAACAAGACAAGGAGAUUUUCCAUAGGACAAUGAGGAAGCGCUUAGAAUCUUUCAAGAGUACCAAACUAGGAAUAAACCAUUCCAAGAAGCUCAAUAAAAUCCACAAGCGAGACCGGGGACAAAAAAGGCGAAACAGCAAUGUUAUACCAAAUGGAAAAAUACCUUCAGAAAAUCCAGUACAAGAUUUUACUUUGAAGGAAAAAGAUUUGGAGUUUUCCGAAUCAGAAGAAAAUAAUGAUUAUGAAACUUUGCAUCUAGGCAAAGGAGCUGAUUUUCUGGCUAAUGUGAUGAAGCAAAAUUUCACAGAUACUCCUACCGGAAUUGAUAACCCAGUAUUUUCAGCUGAUGAUGAUCAAAGUGUCUACAUGAAGUUCUCACCAUGGUUAUCUAGUGAAGAUACAGUGGUACCAUCACAAAGGGCCCGAGUGCAGAUCCCAUAUUCUCCAAACAACUUCAGACGGCUCACUCCAUUCCGGCUCAGCAAUAAAUCAAUAGAUUCCUUCCUGCUAGCAGAUGGCCCAGAGGACCGACCCAGAUCUUUUCUCCCAGAAGCAACACAUAUGUAA